ACUUUCUCCUGAAGCGGUUGUCUUCUUCUUCUUCUUUCCAUUACCAACUUUCAUUCAGCAAAUAUUCGGGAAACCAGACACGCUCAAGCCAAAAUCAUUUGUUAUACACAACUCAAAAAAACACAGACACUGUUCUUAUACUCAUCACAUAAACUUCCAAAGCAAAAGCCAAAGAGUGAAAAGAGUUAGUUGAAUUAGUUGUUUAUGAGCAUGGAAGCUGAUGCUACUACCACUUCACAGUUACCACUAGCCGACACAGACAUCAACUGGGACAGGUUGGACAAAACCAAGUUCCACGUCAUCGGUGCCGUUCUCUUCACGGCUCAAUCAGGCCUGCUUCAUCCAACGGCGGUGGUGAAGACACGAAUGCAAGUGGCGGGGUCGGAGUCCUGGCACCUGCGAGGAGGAACGUCGGUGCUGGCCCAAAUUCUGAGGAGCGAUGGCGUUUCGGGAAUCUUCAGAGGCUUCGGCACUUCCGCCAUUGGUUCAAUCCCCGGUAGGGUUCUGGCGCUCACCUCUCUCGAGGUCUCCAAAGACAUUAUCUUGAAACACACGCAAGCCGCUCGCAUUCCAGAAGCUUCUCGUGUUGGCCUCGCUAACGCAUUCGCUGGCAUGAUCUCUAACUUGGUUUCCUGCGUCUACUUCGUGCCCUUGGAUGUGAUUUGUCAGAGGUUGAUGGUGCAGGGUCUUCCUGGGACAGCGUUCUGUAGAGGGCCGUUUGAUGUUGUUCGGAAAGUUGUGGAGAAUGAGGGGUUUCGUGGUCUGUACAGGGGUUUUGGAUUAACGGCGAUCACGCAGUCCCCUGCUUCUGCACUUUGGUGGGGUUCAUAUGCUGCCGCACAACACCUAAUUUGGAGAAGUUUGGGCUACAAAGAUGAUACGGGUAAAAAACCUUCACAUGUGGAAAUGGUUACAGUUCAGGCUAGUGCUGGGAUGGUGGCUGGUGCUUGUUCAUCUGUUAUCACUACUCCCAUAGAUACUGUGAAAACACGUCUUCAGGUGAUGGACAACUAUGGCUCUGAAAGACCAUCAGUACUGAAGACAGCAAAGAUUCUCCUUAAGGAAGAUGGAUGGUGGGGAUUUUACAGGGGCUUUGGACCAAGAUUUUUGAAUAUGUCACUUUAUGGAACAACCAUGAUUGUUACUUACGAACUGAUAAGUAUGUCACCUCUUGCUUAUUUAUUUUGGCACCAUAUGAACCUCCUCUUUUAGUUAAGUUAAGCCUUCUUUAAUUUCUCAUUUUAACCCCUUUUGGCAGAGAGAUUAUCGGUUCAAUCAAGUUUGAGGUCUUUUACGUAGUAGCAACUUACUGCAAGAGCAUCUCUACCUUCUGUGGAGGGACAGCAUAUUGAUGAAUCCCGUCAACCUCAAGCUCUAUAUGACGCAGUGGUGCAAAGCCUGUGGAUUCUUUUCUACAUUUUUAUUCAACUUCUUCUUUUAGGUGUUUAAACAGAAAUUCUUGUUACUUUCUUGAGCAUUGGGGUAGGUUGGAAUGUGGAGAAUUGUUGUUUUUCACUUUAUUCUUCAUUCCAAUGGCUUUACAUGUAGAAUAAGUUUAGAAGAGUCUCCCUUACAUUGCUUUUUAUAU